GCAAUAUCUCUCAGUCAACCAGAGCCUAGGCCUCUUUCAACCACUGUAACAUGAUGUCAUCACUGAGUGUAUUCUUCAUACUCAUCCUGAUCACUCCCUAUACUCCUUGUGUUGAGAGUCAGACAGUUGACAGUGGGACUCUUGCCCGUAUAAUCCAGUUCAUCGAGACCCACUACAAGCGUGUUGGACCUGAUGGACAUGAUCUCCAGUACGCUGUGGCCAUAAAUGUGCCAAAGGAGACCUGUAAACCUGGUUUCACUCCCACUAACAAGAAUUUCCUUCAACAAGACGAAGCCAAUAACGUCAAAAAUGCCAUCAACGAUGAAGCUAAUGCUCUCUACCAAGGCCGUGAGCUCGUUGCUGCUGGACUGAAGAAAGUUGUUAUCAAUAGGAAGAAGACAUACAACAAACACUCUGAGUCUCUUCUGUUUAAUCCCUCUGGAAACUCCCCUGUGACAAGGCUCUUGGGUAAAAGGAAAGAUGGCUGUGUGAUUUUCUACACCUUUAACUCUCCCUGUGUGGACACUUGCAUCGAUGAAAACGGGCAACACAGCAUUCUCAAAGGCCUUGAUGAGUUAAGAAGCCACAGUGGUCCAAAGGCUUUUGUUUUCAAACACAUUUGGAAAUUUGAUGGGGGAAAACCUCUAUCAGAGAAAUUCAAAUCGGUUGCUAAUCGUGUCCCUCUGUAUCGCUGUGUAUCUGGUAACACAUGUUACCCAUGUGAAGGGCAUGGUAAUACAGCUAUAGCUUCCCAGUGUCUGCCAUAGACCUGCACCAGCUGAGUGGAGCUCAGUGCAUUUUCUGUUAAGCAUGUGACACCAUCCUGAUGUUCUCUAGCUUCCAGGGGUUCAUAUCUGUCUUAAUAAAGAGCUUCAAAAUUUGCUCUAAAUGGGGCAAAGCACUUCAUAUAAGCCAGUUUGUUAGCUAGAUUGAUUAAUCUUUGAUUAAUGUUACAUGUAUAAAUAUUACUCAGAUUUCAAUGCUCGUGUGACACAUUGCCAAUGUUACU